CUCGUGGUAAACAACGCGACCAGUGAGCAACGGUUUUCUCAGCAACCGUAUGUCACCGGACGGAUCCCAAUCAAACAUCUGGAGAGUAAUGAUCCUGUGUCCACCCGUGUCUUCAUUGUGAUGGAGUUGGCGACCGGCGGUGACCUCCAGGACAUGAUCGACAAACUCAAGCGUCCCGUCGAUGACAGUAAAGCCCGCGUUAUCUUCAGACAAGUGGCCGAAGGACUGAAAUACAUCCAUAAUGAGGGCGUUGUUCACCGCGACCUCAAGUGUGACAACGUUUUGCUAUUUGAUGACCAGAAAGUGGCCAAAUUGACUGACUUUGGGUUCGCCCGCACCUCAUAUCUGCCGCCCACCGGUCAAAGUGUUUUGGUGGCGACCACUUGCGGGACUCAAGAGUACGUUUCCCCUGAGUUGUUAAGUAAUAAUCCUUUUAAGCCAAAGCCCAGCGACUGCUGGUCUCUCGGAGUUGUCCUAUACGUGAUGACCACCCGUAAGACUCCCUUCCCUUUGAGACAUCAGAGGCGCAGACAAAUGACAAAGAGGUACCCAAAGAAUCGCAUCACUAAUGAUGACUGCAAAGACCUGAUCCAGAAGAUACUCGAACCGAAAGUCAGCGCUCGGCUAACCAUUCGCGAAAUACUCGCCCAUAAAUGGAUUUGUGAUAUAAUUGUUCUCUUUACACUCGCGGGAAACGGUGUCCACCAAAGACAGACCCGAGUGUACACAUGGAUUGGACACAAGAAUGAGUUGAUGGACUAUACGGCGAGACAAAUGGACAUUAAAUUGAGUGAUUGGGAUAAACGUAAACUCAAACAAUGGGGUUAUGUUUUAGAGAAGAAACCGUUGAGUUGUGGAUCUUUCGGAUCAGUCUUCAAGAGUCGUUACUAUUCAGUGAAUUCAGAGACCAGUCGAGCGGUGAAAGUGAUUGAUAUGAAGACAGUUUAUGACGGCUAUAGUGAUAGAUAUUUGCCCCACGAAUUGAACGCUUUGUUUCAACUCAAACACCAAUUCAUAGUCAAAACACAUCACGUGAUUCCUGUUGUGAACAAAGUGUUCAUUUGCAUGCAAUUCGCUGACAGCGGAGACCUCUUGGACGCCAUUCCCACCAAUGGUAUGGACGACAACACAGCUAAGGGUCUCUUCACACACAUAUGCAAAGCUGUUCAAUACAUCCAUAGCCAGGGGCUUCCCUUCAGUAUUUACCAUCAAGACAUACAACAGAGAGACAAAACGUUUGAGACGAGAUUCAAUGCCAACACAUCCACUGAUUGCAAAGAUCUGAUUCGCAAAACACUGGAACCGGAUAUCAAUCUUCGACUGAAAAUCGAUGCCAUUCUCAGCCAUCGAUGGCUAAGCAAUGAA